AUGCUUUUAUGAGUAGGUGGGAUAAGUAUCGCGACGUAACUACCUUAAAAAGCAGUUUCGUAUAUUUACGAGCUUAUAGUUAUUAGUCUAUAUUUUUUUUAACAUCUGAACCUACAAAACCAGCAGAGCAAAGCUUCGGUUCUCUGCUGCCCGGUUAACUAGUUUAGUUACUAAAGCUGGAACUGGGAAUGUUAGCUUAGCAUAGAUUCAUAUGCUAGUUAGCAGGGUGGGAUCUCUGAAGUUGACAACUUCGGAACAGCGAAGCCUUCAUACAUCUCCAGUGUGUGGAUCGGAGCGGCUCCUCGCUAUGUAUCAUCAUGUCUUGUAAUCGGCUUUAAUCUAUUUCCGUCGGGGGCAGCGAGGAAACGAUGCUAGUAUGUAAAAGUCAGGGUUGACCUGCAUGAAUCCGCUGGAUUUGAUCUCUGCUUCUCUAUCCUCCCGGAAGCACACAUACAACGAGAAAGCCUUCUCCAGCACAGCAAUGGAGCCAUCAGAAAACGCUACUGGCAACCACACCCUGAACUCGACAGGCGCCGAGGGCUCAUGGGAGAUCAGCGACAAGACCAGACUGUGCCGCUUCCUCUGCUACGGCUCCGAGGGAGACAUCUACACCGCCAGAGAGCAGGGCCGCGUCUCCACGGAGACCGCCGGAGCCCUGCUGUCGCUGCUGCAGGAGGGGAGAGGCGCAGAGGCGGUGGAGGAGGCGAAACGGUUCGCCCAAGGCGGCAGCGCCGUCAGUCCGGGCCCGGCCCUCUUCGCCUUGGCCUUGUGCUCGCAGCAUUCGGAGCUGAAGACGAGGCAGGCGGCUUUCAAAGCCCUGAGGGAGGUCUGCCGGGACCCGGCCCACUUGUUCUCCUUCGUCCAGUACAAGAAGGAGCUGAAAGAAGGGAUGAAAUGCGGGAUGUGGGGGCGCGCCCUGAGGAAGGCCGUGUCCGACUGGUACAACGAGCAGGACGCCCUGAGUCUGGCUGCAGCGGUGACCAGGUGUAAACAGAGAGAGGGCUGGUCGCACCAGGACCUGCUCAGGCUCUCCCACACCAAACCGGCCACAGAGGCUGUUGCCUUGAUCAGCAAAUAUGUAACAAAAGGGUGGAAGGAGGUCCAGGCGGCUUACGAGGACAAAGAGAAGUCGGAGGAAGUGGUCAAAGUGCUCUCCUAUCUGGAAGUGUUGGAAAAGGUCAAGCGCAGCUGUGACGAAGUGGAGGUCAGCGGUUUAAUAGAGGAGCACAAGCUGGAGAAGGAGCAGCUGCUUACUGACCACCUGAGGUCAAAACAGGUGUGGAGUGCCCUGCUGAAGGAGAUGUCUCUGCAUUCCAUUCUUAAAAUCCUGGGAAAGAUGACGUCCAACAAACUUCUUGAGCCACGGAGCGCAGAGACCCAAACCAUCUGCGAGAGGCUUCAGAACGAGUCGUCGCUAAAGAAGGCCAACAUCCACCCUUUCAGCAUCCUUUUGGCUUCAGAAAACUACAAACGAGGUCAAGGCUUCCAGGGCAAAACAAAGUGGGAAGCGGACAGUAGCAUCCUCAAAGCCAUGGACUGGGCUUUUUACACAAGCUUUCUGAACGUGGAGCCCGUCGGGAAGCGCUUCGUUGUGGCUGUGGACGUGGGCACGUCGCUGACCAGCAUCGUCCCGGGAACGGCGAUCAGCACGGCGGUUGCAGCUGCAGCCAUAACCAUGAUUUUUGCCCGGACAGAAGCAAACACGGACGUCCUGGCCUUCUCUGAGGGCGCUGUGGUUCCGUGCUCUCUUUCUGCAGACAUGUCGCUUGCAGAAGUAACUGCUGAGCUGGUUAAGUUCCCCAGCGGCAGCACCGACUGCACCCUUCCCGUCACAUGGGCCACAGAAAACGGGAAGUCUGUGGACAUGUUCAUCAUUCUGACCAACAACCCACUGUGGACGUUUACAGCCAGCCCAGUGGAGUCUCUGAAGAAACACAGACAUGCAUCAGGCACAGAUUCCAAGCUGGUGAUGUGCGGCCUGACCUCCAUCGGCCACGCCAUCGCAGACACAGAGGACCGGGGAUUACUCAGCAUCUGCGGCUUUGACCUCGGAGCGUUCAGCGUCAUCCGGAACCUCGCCCUCGACCUUAUCUGACCCGACCCGACCCGACCCCAUCCAAUCCGACAAAAUCCGAGGCUCGCACACGCAGAGUUCUGGAGUAACUAAUCUCCCUCUUUAAAAAAAAAAACAAAAAAACAUGCUGACACUUACAAUUCCAGAUUUUUGUAUUCCGUUCUGACUAAGCGUCCAGCGGGCUGGACGGUUCUCCAACGAUGUCACAGGGUACCGAUACAGGGUACGCUGCAGGUGGCGCGACUACACAGCAGGCCGAUUCUGGUUCUGGUUCUGGUUAAGACACUAACCUCUCUCAUUUCCAGCUAGAAGAUGAAGUCAGAAUGUUGGGUUUAUUUUGAGGUGGUUUCUUGUAGUUUUCUUUUCUUUCUUUCUUUUUUUUUUUUUUACUCUGGUAGCAGGUUUGAGGUAAAGUAGGUGAAGCUGGAACUAAUUUUAUGUAGUAUGUUUAUAAGUUAUUAACCGAACUAUGGGAAAUGAAGAAGGGAGGACAAGAGGAAGCACCAAAAAAUCCACAGGAUAACUCUCUGUUCUGUGUAAUUUUUAUGAUUUAUUUAGUUUUGAUUUGAAUACUAACAUUGAUUCAUUUUAGAAUGUUUUAGUUUUAUUCCUGUUUAAACCCUCCAUCACUUUUGUUAUAUCCGAAUAGUCUCUCUCUCCCUCUCUCUCUCUCUCUGUCUCUCUCGAACUAACUACUGUCCUGAUAAAAAGUUUACCUCUACUCAUCAGGCGCAUAAAUGCCACAAUAAUUUCGGGCGUUUAUUUCAAUUUGUUGGAAUGACUGUUUAUAAAAACAACAUUUAAGUGCACAAGUUUGAAUGUAGUGCAGAUUUAAUCCACAUGAUCUGUAGCACAUACAAUCUGCGUAAGCAAAUAUUACUGGUUGCUUUUUUCCCCUUGAAUUCUGUAAUUUUGAUGCAGUGUGGUUUGGGGGGGGAAAAAAUCACAUUAUUCACAUUUUAUUUAAACUUAGCUAUCCAGUUCUUGUUUUCUACAUCUCCUGACGACAUAAGCUGUAUAAUCAGUCCACUCUGGGAAAAACAAUGGUUCAAACGCGUCACUGAAACACUAAGAUUGAAGACAUUCGAACCCACGAUGGGUGGAUGUCAAGUUCUGACUGGCACUGUAUAUCAGGGUGUUCCCUUUUAAAUGGGAUAACUUAUUUUUUGAAGGAGUGUUUUUUAUUUGUUUGAGCAACAAAGUUAUGCAAAUGUCAAGGACUCCAACAGAUUUUGAUGAAAGUUGAGAGAAAUUGGCUCAGUUUCUCGUUGUAGUCAGAAAUCUAUGCAUUGCCAUUAGGUAGGGGUGCACCGAUUGCAAGUUUCUGGCAGAUCAACAGAUAUUUAAAAAGCCUGAUUCCAGUUUUAACUGUUCUGAUUUUUUUAUUUUUUUUUUCUGAAAAUUGGAAAAAUAUAGCAUCAAAAUCACUUGAGUUGGCAACACCUUGGUGACUAUUGUUUACUUCGCAUGUUCCGAUGUGACCUCUGUCCGGUCUCACUAUAGAACAGAACGUGACUGUGGUUCGUUUUCACGUCUUUGCGCAGGUAGAUGAGGUCAGCUUCAGAUAUAGGUAUCAGCCGAUCGCCUGAAAUUAAGUUAACCUGCGCCGAUUUCUUGGUGCACCCCUGCAAUUAGAACAAUACUGUAUUAUGUGAAGAUUAACUGUAGCUGGGCAAGAAGAACUGUUCACCAUGACUGAAUCUGCUAAAGUUGCACUGCUGUAUCUUUAAUUUAUUUGCAAAAACUAACGACUGCAAUUAUUGUAGAAUAAAUCAGAUCGAAUGUACGUUUUGAAGUCAUGAAAUUGUUUAGAUUUAAGCAAUCCGAUUUCUGUUUCUCCGUUAACUGAUCCCACCGUGCUCACUGUGUCAGUAGCAGAAGCAUUCAAACUGCAGUAGUUACAGACGUCGCUCACUAAACUCUCGUCAGUCAUCCUGGUGUGGUCCGCAGUAUGACACUAUUCUCAACCCUGGAACUGUCAAGGCAAUAUUUUCUUUCUUUCCAUAUAGACUUAACUUGUAAGUCUGACGUAACUGCUCCACAACUGCUGCCGCUACGGCAUCUGUAGUCUUCACAGGAUUUUAGAAUUGUGGUGUUGUUAUUCACGAGAGCUUCUCCACCGUGGUUCACUUCUUUUCUGCCAUACUGUCUGUUAUAUCGACUUGUUACAUGAGUAUUUUGAUUGUAGUCGAAAGUAAUCCCUUCCCUAAUAAACAUUUAUGCUGCUCUUUAAA